AAAAAGAGUAAUAGCCGGUCGGGCAGUUCGUCUGCGGUUUAUGUUGGCCGGAGUGUCGUUUUGUCAGUUUGUCCCCCGGUGUGAACUGCGAGGAGGUGUGGUGACUGGUGGCCGUGAGACGUGAGUGUGGCCGUGAGUGAGCGAGUGUGCCUUGUCUGCUUGCCUGCCUGCCUGCCUGCCUGCCCGCCCGCCCGACCGACUUGACUCUCUCCUACAUCAGACGAAAAGGAAAAAGGCCGAGGCGACGAACAUGGAACUUAUCUAAAACGGGCCAGUUAUGCUCACGCCUACUCCUCGAAACGGUUCACACCUCGCUGCAGACACCCAACUUGUUCUUUUCAACCUUAGUUUAUCGUUACAAACGUUAAUCAAGUGAAAGUGAAAAACCUGGAUUGAAUUACAUCGCAAUUAUAAUAGUUUUUUUAUAUAGCUAUCUUCGAUUUCUAAGGGAAAUUUAAUAAAUAAAACCGAUAUAUUUUUACUUCAAAUCAGGAUAAACGAAUGGAUAUGACAAUGAUCUCUAGACCAUAUCAUCUCUAUGGUAUUUCAUAAUAUGGAAAUUUGCCCUUGUGAAGAUGGAAGUUUUUUUGAAAUUUUUCAUAACAGAAAAGCAUUAUCAUAUUGUCAAGAGAUUUCAAGAGGAAUUAGAAAGCAAGACAGGUUUAAGGAAACAUUGCUACUACAGUUUUUAAGUGAAUUAGCUCAAGGCAAUUAUGUUGUAGUUAAUGCUCAUAUUUAUUUUUGCAUGUUUAAUAAUAUUGAACUGAGUUGUCAAAUCAAAAAAGAAUUUAGCAUAAAAGGUUUCAUCGAUUUGUCUAAUUUAAUAGAAUUCAUUUGUUUAUUGAAAGAACAUUUUGAUAACUCUCUUAUCGGUAGAUACUUAAUUGAUUCUGGAACUUGUUUUAAUAGAAGAAGAUGAUUGAAAUGUUUGCUUAGCAAAAUGAAUGUAGAAUGUACUUUAUACUUUAAAAGAUUUAGAUUUUGUUCUUUAUUAUUAAAAAUGGGCAUAUUAAAAUGACUCCGUUGUUCUAUACUCUCUAUAGUUUGUCUAUAUUCAUCUUGAUAUUCUGGGGUGGGAAAUGGGUAAUACACAUAUUAGCAAUCAUCUACGCGAAAUAUAGAUUACACCGCAAAACCCAACUGUUACCAAAUGAAAAAGGAUAUCCCGGCGUCACUAUUUUAAAACCCCUUAUGGGCGUCGAUCCAAAUUUAUUUAAUAAUUUAGAAACAUUUUUUACAAUGAAUUAUCCGCUUUAUGAGAUUCAUUUUUGUAUUGAAGAGGAAUCCGAUCCGGCGUUAAUGGUUGCAAAACGAUUGCAAGAUAAAUAUCCUAACGUUGUUUGUAGGAUAUUCACAGGAGGUUCAAAUGUCGGUGUGAACCCUAAAAUAAAUAAUAUGCAUCAAGGCUAUGUCAAUAGCAACCAUCCUUUAAUAUUAAUAUCUGACAGCGGUAUUAGGAUGAAGGAAGAUACUCUGUUAGAUAUGGUAAAUCAUCUGACAGAUAAAGUCGGUUUAGUUCACCAAAUGCCUUUUACUAGUGAUCGUGGCGGUUUUGCCGGUACUUUAGAAAAAGUGUACUUCGGUACGGCUCAGGCAAGGAUCUACCUGGCUGCCGAUUUAUUGAAUAUCAAUUGCCACACGGGCAUGUCGGCUUUGAUUAGGAAAAACCUCAUAGACGAAGUCGGAGGGAUAGAGGCUUUUAGUUGCUACUUGGCCGAAGACUUUUUCCUCGCAAAAUCGUUGACAGAUAGGGGGUGGAAAAUAACCGUGAGCAGUCAGCCCGCAUGGCAAAACUCGGGCAUUUGCGAAGUACAGUUUUUUCAAGCGAGAUUGCGUCGAUGGGUCAAGCUACGUGUGGCCAUGCUUCCUUUGACAUUGCUAUUCGAACCGCUAUCUGAAUGUCUCGUGUUAGGUGCGUGCACUGCCGGUGCGGUCUACUUCUUAUUCAAUUGGGACCCAAUUUUAUUCUAUUUAGUUCAUGUACUAGUUUGGUUCUUCUGUGACUGGAUACUACUUUCAAUAGUACAAAACGGAACUUUACCAUUCAACAAAUUUGAUUUUGUGAUAGGGUGGAUUUUCAGAGAAGCCUGUAGUCCGUAUUUAUUUCUGAAAGCCCUCUUAAACCCAAAAAUUAAAUGGCGAACAAGAACGUACAAACUUAAAUGGGGCGGUGUAGCCGAAGAGUGUAAAGUGUGAUUAUUACAUGAUUACAAAAUAGUGCAAUAUUCAAUUGAUUCUUAAAUUAUUUCAAGUAAUUAUAAGCAACCAUAGAGCAGUUAUAUGAUAUUUAUUACAUUUAUGAAAUUGUAAUUAUGAUUGCCAUUAUAAAUAUUGUUAGAUAUUUCUUGAUAAACUAUUCAUAGACAUUUGCAGUAUAGGUAUAGCAAACUAAUACACAAUAAAUCAGUAUUACACAGAUACAAUUUUUCUAGCUUAUAAUAUUAUGUUUGUUUAAAGCUUAUGCAAGUAUUGAGUAAAACAUAAGAGGGGCAUUCGAACAAUUUAUUUAUUGUUUAACUAAGCGGGCUUUCACCAAAUGCUAAUAUUUUAUUACAUUAUUAAUUUACCACAGGAAAAUAUGUGAUAAUUCAUGUUAACUGUACAUAUUCCCACAUUUGUAAUACUAUUAUAUAAUAUAGUAAUUUUAGUUAUCAAUUGUACAGUUCAAUUAGAUUUAUAAAUGUAAUGCCACAUUUUACUCUGAUUAAAUUUGGAGUAUCACUUUGACUUUUCUUCCAAACGUUUUAUGUUUGGAAAUUAACGCUUUCAAGACAACAAAAUAUCUUGCCAAAAUACCUUUAGGUAACAUAAACAUUUAGAAAGAAAAUGAAAAGUGAAUUGAAGCAUUAAAAUAAUGUAUUUUUUAUUACAAAACUAUCCAACCUUUAAUAAUUUUGUUGGACAAAGAACAAAAAAAAAAAAAAAAAAAAAUGGAAUAAAUAAAUAUAAAAUUUUUUAAAAAAUGAUCUGUGAUUCACCUAUUAAGAAUGUCAAUGAAGUAAAUAAAAAAUGCAUACAUUUUUCGCUUUAUGUAUUCAAGUUUUGGGCCAAUAAAUUCAAUAUUAACUUAUUACAAUAACGUUUUUAACGUACAUUUAUUAGAUUAUAACAUGUUUAAGGCAAUUUUAUUGCCCCACAGAUUUGGACCGAAUUUUGUAUAGUGUAAAGAUUAUAAUUUUAGUACAGUAAAAAUUGUUUUGCUCUAA